CUCGAAGAAGGCACGUCGGGUCAAGAAGUCUGGACGAGGCGGGACCCGGCAAGGCGCAGGAUUGGCGAGGUUUCUUGUCUGUCAUUCGUACGAAAUUUGGCCCAUUUCGGCACAUGAGCGUGGGAGUGAGAGUGAGGGUGUGGGGGAGUGUGGGGGUGUCAGUUUGGUGAAACUCGUGCGUGGGUUUUCUUCGAUCGAAGAGCGCAAGGGCAGGAGGCGCUUUGCAAAGUGCUCCCUCUGCUCUGCAUAUGUGCUUGCUUGGCUUGGCUCGGCGCUCGUUCAUUGAGUCAGAGGAGUCGAGGCCGAAUUGAAUUAUGAACUCGGACGGUGGAGGGGCGAGCGAGGAGGAUCGUCCCCGGGAUGACGAAAUUCUGGCAUUCCACCACGCCAUUCGGGCUGCUGACGCCGAAAAGUUGGAAUUUGUAGGAGACAAGGAACCUUUAUCAGUACUUGCUGCGGAGUAUGAGGCCGGUAACCCUGUUUUCAGGGCAAAGGUUGAGAAAUUAGGUCAAACCUAUGUGGCCAUAAGACGUGCUCGCGGUGACGGCAACUGUUUUUUCCGAAGUUUUAUGUUCUCAUACUUGGAGCAUAUUUUGGAGACCAGAGACGAAACGGAAGUGAAACGAAUACAGAAAAAUAUCGAACAGAGCAAGAAAGCACUAAUUGAGCUUGGAUAUCAGGAAUUCACUUUUGAAGAUUUUCUGUCGAUUUUCGUGGAGCAGUUGGACAGUGUACUUCCAGGCCGAGAAUCUUCAGUUGAUAUUGACCAACUCGUGGAGAAAUGCCGAGAUCGUUACAUCUCCGAUUAUGUCGUCAUGUUCUUCAGAUUUGUGACGUCAGCGGAGAUUCGGAAGAGAGCUGAGUUUUUUGAGCCCUUUAUUUUAGGUCUUAGCAACAUGAACGUCCAACAGUUCUGCAAAACUUCCGUGGAGCCGAUGGGGGAGGAAAGCGAUCAUGUCCACAUCACGGCACUGUCAGACGCAUUGGGUGUCCCGGUUCGAGUCGUGUAUCUCGAUCGAAGCGUGGGAGCUGAUGGUAAGAAUACAGACGUCAACCAUCACGACUUCCUUCCGCCUGACUGUCCCACUGUGGAGAUGCCACCGGUGGUCCUUCUCUACCGCCCGGGUCACUACGACAUUCUGUACACGAGAGAAGUCCAGAACUUAGCGCCAGUACCGAGGGUUGAGGAACCACAGGACCUUCCGGAGCUUAAGGGUUUACAGGAGGCAAAGGAAACACCCGUAAAGAGUAUUCAGGACGCGAACAGUACCCAAGAAGCAAUCGCUGCUUGAAAGAUAAGAUCAAAUUAAGAAACGCAAGAGGUCUCGGGAGGACUGAAAUGGCUCCCAAAAAAUUUCAGUAGACAGGGUUCUAACAGUCUUUGAUCAUUGUGGCCGCAGGAUCAACUCACCCUCCAUAUUCUGUGGAGCAUGGUGAGGCUGUAUAUAAUGACAUUUUUACACACAUUGAUGCUUCAGGUGCAUGACAGAACGUCUCUCUGUUCUAGAAACAUUUGAUAACAUACAUUUAUGGGUGCAAAUUUAACCCUUCCCAUUUGAACCAAAGCAUAUUGUACGGAAAGAGCACUCUUCGACUCGUAUCAAGAUUUUGCCCAAUAGCUCAACCGAGGUGAUUGGCAGAGCAUGGCUUGAACUCAAGUCGUCUUUACAUCCGGAUCAAGUCUUACGCUCGUGCUGGACACGCAUACGAACAUGCCCCAUCUAAAGUCCCGACACGAUCCGCCGUUGCAACGCACUCAUUGAUCAGUUUGUGCAGGACUGCAAACGUCGUGAGCAGUAAUCUCAUGACAGGAACCGGAGAUGCUUCGCUCUCGCAGUUACGGGCUCUCCGUUGACUGUCUGUGGUACACACUAUUAAGAAUGUAUUAUCAUAUUUCGAAGGCACGAAAAGACAAUGCUUAUGGCUGGUCCUUCUUCGGAAUAAGAAGGCCCAGCCAUAAAUAAUUGAAGGCGUCGCUGCCUUAUUUUAACAAAGGCCAAUGUCUGGAUCAGAAUGGGAGAAGGUAUCGAAGAAGACAGAAAUUCAAACGCGUAAUCCGACUGCGAUGAAGAACGUGAUUCAGUAACGCUGUGCCAGAUGCCCCCUUUGACACGCCCUUCCACGGCUUCGAGCAAGAAACGCCACCGUGUUCACAAAGUUGCUGUCCAGGAAAGACCGCAGAGCGAUUUCAGAAAUUCUCCAUCGAGGAAAGACCACAG